CAUGGUCAUCAGAGCCACCUCUUCCCAUACAUCUAGCCACAAACCAAAAUCCUAAAAACCACAUACCAUCGUCUCCAUGGCUUCCUCUGCUGGCGUCGCGCUCAACCUCGGUUCGCCGCCAUCUGAGAAGCUCGCAAGAGGAAACUUUAUCCUCUGGAAGACUCAGGUGCUCCCAACCCUGCAAGGAGCACAGGUAACUGGACUCCUCGACAACUCAGACGCCGCUCCGUCCAGGAUGGUGGAGGUCACAAAGGCGGACAAGACCACGACCCUAGAGUUGAAUCCUCUGUACGGGCCCUGGAUCGCCAAAGACCAGCAGGUCCUAUCUUAUCUUCUGAAUUCUAUGUCGCCAGAGAUCCUUGCGCAGGUCGUCGGGAAGGACUCCGCUUUUGAGCUCUGGACGACGGUGACAAACCUCUUCGCCUCGCAGUCACAAUCUCGGAUUACCAAUCUGAGAAUCGCCAUCACCAACACCAAGAAGGGCAGCAUGUCAAGCUCGGCGUACAUGGCGAAGAUGAAGAGCCUCGGGGAUGAACUAGCUGCUGUCGGUCGUCCCGUCUCUGAUCCGGGGAUGGUGGACUACAUCUUGGCCGGACUAGACCGCGACUAUGACUCCGUGGUGGUGGCGAUCGGCGCUGUCAAGAACACCAUCACCGCUGAUGAUCUCUUCGCUCAGAUCUCUGCCUUUGAUCAAAGGAUGGAGAUGCUAGGCGAUUCAUCUUCAGGCGGGUUCCACUCAUCUGCUAUUGCGGUCUACAGAGACCGUGGACAGUCCCGCGGGCGAGGAGGAAGGGGGCGCGGCCGUGGUGACCGCGGUGACCGCCAGCCCGUCUUCCAAUGGAGGCAGCGGCUUCAGAGGGCGCCCUCGACAGCAGCAACAGCAACAGCAGGUGCGUGAGCAGCAGCAUGAUUACCCUGAGUGUCAAAUAUGCUACAAACAUCAUCCAGUAGGUGCACGGGUCUACUAGUGGCGCUAUGAGGAGAACAAGCUAGAGGAAAAAGAGGCGCAUGUCGUCUCCUAUUGCAUGGACACAAAUUGGUAUGCCGACAGUGUAGCAACAAACCACAUCACAGGUGAACUUGACAAGUUGACGAUGCGGGAGAAGUACAAUGGAGGCGACCAAAUUCACUCGGCAAACGGUUCUGGACUUGAGAACAAGGAGAAUCAUUCUUAGAGGACGGUGCAUGGGAGGCCUCUACCCACUCAUAUCAUCAUCAUCAUCUUCAUGGUCCAAUAAACAAGCAAAUAUUUUCACCAAGCUUUCAUCAUCAAGGUGGCAUAGUCGCUUGGGUCAUCCAUCUUUAGUCAUAGUUAAAUAUGUUCUUAGCAAAAAUAAACUCGCUUAUGAGCCUAGUGUUGAGUCAGUUUGUGAUCCAUGUCAACAAGCAAAAAGUCAUCAAUUACCUUACCCUA